AAUGGAUCAAAAUGAGAAGGAAAUAGAUGAAGAAUAAUUUAAAAAGGAAUUUGAAGAAAAGGUUGAAAAACGUAAAUAAUGGUUGUUAGAAGAGUUGAGAAGCUGUGGAAAGUUUUUAGAUGUAAGUGCAAAGAAAUUAGAUGAUCUAGAUGCUUUGACUGUAAAAUAUUAUUGUAAUAUAUUAAGAUAGCAUUAUAUCUUCAUGAAUGUUAAGCAGAAUUAACAGUAUUUCAUAUUGGAGCAAAUUCAAUAAGUGACAGAGGAUUUAUUGAUAUGUUGACAGGAUUGUAAUGGCACGAUAAAAUUAAAGAAAUAUAUAUUGGGAAUAAUGAAAUUACUGAAGUAGGAUAAUUGUGAAUUAUAUAUUUGUAGAUUGGUAUUUAAGGUUUGAUAGAGAUUUCAAGUUGCUUCAAAUAAUUGAAAAUAUUGAGUAUGAGUUCUUGUUCGAUUGAUGAUUCAACUUUUAUUUAACUUUGUUAUGCAUUACCAGAAUUAAAGAAUCUGUAAUAAUUAUAAGUGCCAGCAAAUAAUAUAUCAGAUUAUGGUAUUAAAAGUAUAAUAUAAUUUUUAUAGGAUUGGUUUGUUUUUCUACAUUAUUGGCUACAAAUAGUCUUCCUAAUUUAUCAGUAAUUCAUUUUGGUAAUAAUCCAUUGACAUCAAAAUCAUUGGUUCCAUUCUUUUAAGCAUUAAAAAAGAAUAAGACAAUAAAAAUUUUAUAUUUGAAUGAUAUUGGAAUGGAAUUGGCAACAAUAAAAUAAAUAGCAAUUUGUUUAAAGAAAAAUAAAAUAUUGGAAGAUCUGAAUUUAGGAAAUACAGGAUUUUCAGAUAGUGCUGCAUCAAUAUUAUGGCCUAGUUUAAAGUAUUUAAAGAAACUACAAUUAUGGAAUAAUCAUUUAACAGAUAAGUCUAUAUUUGAAUUUAUAAAUGUUCUUGAAAGAGAAGAUAUUGGAUUAACAUAUGUAGGAUUAUAAGAUAAUGAGAUAGAAGAAUUAGAUUUAGUAGAUGAUUUAAAUGCUUUAUUGAAAUAGAAUGAACUUAUAGAUAAGUUAACAGAAUAGAUAGAACAUAAAGAAGAAUCAGAAGAAGUAGAUGAAGAUAAAUAAGUUAAAUAAAUGAUUGAACUUGCUAAAUUAGAAGAAAUAGAAGAAAAAUUAGGUUAGCUUGAAAAACUUAAUGAACCAUAAUAAGAAAAAUAAGAUGUUGUUAAUGAAUUAUAAGGAAAAUUAAAAACAAAAAAAUGGACAGGAGAGAUUGAAGAUCCAGAAGAUAAAACAUUGAAACACUCUGUAAUGGAAUGA